UUCUUUCAAUUAGCUCCUCAACUCUCGUGUUUCGUAUAAGUAUCAGGGAAGCAUUUUUGAAGUGCUAACUUUUAUAUUUCAUAUUUAAGGAAAAUUUAACAGAGAACUGAAAAAUGUCUGGUCGAGACGGAGGUAAGAAAAAGCCAUUGAAGCAACCGAAGAAGGACACCAAAGAGAUAGACGAUGAAGAUUUGGCCUUCAAGCAGAAGCAGAAGGAACAGAACAAGGCGCUGGAAGCUGCUAAGGAGAAAGCUGCCAAAGGUGGUCCUUUGGGCGCUGGUGGAAUCAAAAAGUCCGGAAAGAAAUAAUAUUGAUUGAUUCUGCGGACAAUGCAAAUUUUCUAAAACCUCGUCGGAACAGUUUCCGCGUAAUCAGCGAUUCUCUGGUUCUAUUGAUUUGAUCUUUAUGUACUCUAUGAAUACCAUAUACCUUCGUCAAUAAAGUGCAGUACAACCA